CAUCGUUGACACUAAAAGAUUCACUUAACAUUCUUUACUUCUUGUGCUACUCUAUCUAUUGUUAUAUGUAGAGAGGAAAAGUUUUUUGUAUAUUACAAUCCUCGUUAAAUAAAUUAAUUAAACUAUAAACUAUUUCCAGAAUUAAAACAUCGGCUGUUGUUCUUGAAAGACGAGAAAAAUUGUUUCAAGUUUACAAUGAUAAUUCAAUUUCCAGUAUUGAUUCAUCACCUGCUAUUCCAAUAAAUUCUAGUUUACCUGAUUCUCCUCUCAAAUCAAUGAAUAAUCUUUCAACAAACGAUUGUAUGAUUGAUCAGAUGUUAGGAAAAGCAACAAUUACACAAGAAACAAAUUUAAUUUUUCCUGAUGAAUAUAAAAUUCCAGUAUUACCAAAAAGCUUUAGUCCAAGAUAUAGAAACAUCAGUAUUGGUACAGCUAUUGUUCGUAAAUUACAAUUUCCAUUAACCAAAGAUAAUAUAGCAUCAUCAGCACUUUAUCCAACAAUGGUUGUCUCUGAUGAUGUCAUUUAUAUUUAUGUUGAUUAUCUUCCAAUUGUUUCGACAACAUCACUUGAUGAUGUUUUAGCUCUUUUACUUGGCAUGUAUGCUGAACUUAAUUUCAGCAAAAGUAGUCGUGUAAUACGUUUACUCUAUACAGUUGUUUUUUGUGAUAAAUGA